AUGCUGUGUUGCAUCAAGCGUCGGGUCGGAUGCAAGGCCUUCCCCAUCGCCUCCCUCGACCACUCGCUCUCCCCGUUUCCUCCAGAGCUGCCCGGGCAGCUCACUGUCAAGACGUCUUCCUCAAAGAAGAGAAAGCUUGCCCGUCCCUUGACGAUCGAUCUUGACGACCCGACCUCUCCAUCGCCAGACACCGCCAUCCCCUCGUGCGAGCCCGACGACGACGCCGCCCUCUCCUUUUCCGCCACGCCCAUAGCCUCCGGGCUUGAAGCGCCGCUCUACGUCCGUGCCGGCUCCCUCACUGCCUCCAGCGUGCCCCCGCGCCUUCAGACCCAGGCCCAGGCCCACGUCAACUCGUCUCUCGUCUCUGCCGACUACGCCUCGUCCGUUGCCUCGUCCCCCGGCGCGUCCUUCUAUCACGAACCGUCCAUCGACAGCAGCGAAAGAGGAGGAGACGACGCCGCUUCCGUGCAAGCCUACGCCAGGAGCCAGUCGCCCUUCCUCAUCUCCAAGAGGGCUAUUAUGAACGGAGAUGCUGAGCUGCCCCAACGUUCAUCCUCUCCGCUGAAACGACGAGCCUCCAGCAUGGAUCCCGAAACUAUCCCGGACAAGAACAUCGAUGCUGCCAGCAGCACCGGGGACGUGGAAAUGACAUCCUCCUCCAACCCCUCGGCAGACCUGCCCCGCGCUAUGAGCGUUGACGUUGUAGAAGUCACGGAUACGGAACCGCUGACCAACGGCACCGAUAUCUCCUCUGCUCAAUCUGCCCCUCCUCCCCCACUCAUUGAGCAGGUCAAGAUAAUUGAAAUGCUACUCAAGGCUUCAGCAGAAAAGCUACCAAAGGAGGGUGAUAAAGCAUACCUCGUAUCACGUACCUGGGUGGACAAGGCUUUGUCAUUACGCUCAGGCAAGGCGGACACCACCGAAGUGUCAUUGGGCCCAGUCGACAAUUCAGACAUUAUCGAGCAAGUCAUUCAAGAGCCUGGCCGUGAAGAUUUCGUUCGCCUCAAGCCUGGUCUUGAUCAACAAUCAUUCGAACUCUUCCCCGAAGAUGCCUGGAGUAUGGUCAUGGAGUGGUAUGGCGUCGAAGAGGGGCAAAAACCCAUCGUCCGCACGGCUAUCAAUACUGCUGUCGAUGCUCAGUCCCCGACCGAGAUUGUCUUUGAGCUUCAUCCCCCUAUUUUUCGUGUGCAUCGCCUGUGGUCUGAGCUCAGCCCGCUACCAAUCGAGCAGUCCCUCAAAGCCGAGAAUCCCCCUCCUCUCUCUCUGGCCAGAAGCCGCAAAUAUCAUGCCCAGACAUUCAUCAAGGAUAUUAAACGGCUUGCCGGCAUUCCAGUCGACCGCAAAAUUCGACUUUUCGUUGUGAACACGGAGCAGCUUGGAACGAGCAGUGCCCAACCUCCGGCGGCCCUCACAACGCCACCCGAUUCUCCUGGUCGCGAUCAAACUGCAGAUGGCGCGGCAGAUUCUUCCUGGUCACACUUGCUCCUUGACGUUCCUUCUUUCGCCAGCGUUCGGAAUGCCAGACGGCAAGCAACCCUCGAAGAUCAAACCGUAAAUUCCAACUACAAUGGCUCCGCCUCAAUUCAGCUGUUCGAUCUAGUGACUGAUGAGAGCCUCGUUGUUGAUGAAUUGGUUGAUAAGAACCUCUGGGUGAGCACCUGCACGAGUCGGUCACUCGAAAAGGCAAUCCCCACGCGAACUAAUAACACCGCGCUGUCCAAGACUUUGAGCAGCCGGAGCAGCCCCAGCUCAUCCGAUGGGCCCGCCACUCGUGGCAGGAUGCAAAAGAAGAGAAACGGCCGGAGCCUUGGCGCCGUGGGCUUGCAGAAUCUCGGCAACACUUGCUACAUGAACUCGGCGCUGCAGUGCCUCCGUGCCAUAGAAGAACUGUCCAAAUAUUUCAUGACGGGGACCUUCUCUACCGAGCUCAACAAGACUAAUCCCCUAGGCUACAACGGCAGAGUCGCCAUGGCCUACAACGGGCUGUUGAAAGAUAUCUAUGACGAAGGCAGAGGCUCUGUCGUCCCCAGAGAUUUCAAAAGCACUGUUGGCCGUGUUCGCUCCACCUUUGCUGGUUGGGGCCAGCAAGACUCGCAAGAGUUUCUUGGAUUCCUUCUCGAUGCCCUCCAGGAAGACCUCAGUCGCAUCAAGAAUAAGCCAUACAUUGAGAAGCCAGACUCUACGGAUGACAUGAUCAACAACCCAGCGGCAAUCAAGGAGAUGGCGGACAAGGUGUGGGAUAUCACCAAAAGACGAGACGAUUCCGUUAUUUUCGAUCUGUUCACUGGAAUGUACAAGUCGACUCUCAAGUGCCCCGUGUGCAGUAAAAUUAGCAUCACAUUCGACCCCUUCAACAACUUGACGCUACCCUUGCCCGUUGAGAACAUGUGGGCCAAGACUGUCACAUUUUUCCCUCUUAAUGACAUCCCCGUCAAGUUUGAAGUUGAGCUGUCCAAGCAUAGCUCGAUUGAGACUCUCAAGUCAUUCUUGUCAAUUCGCACAGGUGUUCCGGUGAAUCGUCUGAUGGGUGCCGAAGAGUUUAAGGAUAAGUUCUUCAAAAUCUACGAGAACAGCGGAGACAUAUCAGAAGAGAUUGGCACUUCCGACGUUGCGACCUUCCACGAGUUGGAGGCUGUGCCUACCAACUGGCCUGCCAAGGGCUAUCAGAAGAAGCCUCGUUCAAUGUUGGACCUCGACGACACGCCACCUGAAACCACGGAUGAAUGGGAUGACCCCAGGUAUGAGAGAAUGGUGGUGCCAGUUCUCCACCGACGGCCACAAAGCGCCAGCAAAGUGACUGAAGGCACCUCUCCUCCGCACUUCAUCAUCUUGACAAGGGAAGAAGCGUCAAACUAUGAAAUCAUCAAGCGCAAAGUAAUGGAGAAAGUGGCAACCUUUUCGACCUGGUCAAAGUUGAACCAGCCGCCAGGCACUGAAGGCUCGGACGCAGCCGAGGCUGACAUGGUUAUCACUACCGCAUCUGACGCCGACUCUUCUGCAGACACUAAGGUUGUUGCAAAAUCAGUCGAGGGAGAAGAUGACAUGGUCGACGUGACCAUGAAGGACGCCCAGACCAACGCUAAUGCCAUGCCUCCUCCUGAGCUACCUCUGCCUAAUGAGCCACGGCUUCUCCGUCAAUUCAACACUCAGCGUCCCAAGUUUGUCCAACCCGGCGAGUUCUUUGACCCGGAACUCCAGACCCUCUUUGAGCUCAGCUAUUUUGCCGCCACGGCCGAUGGCCCUGUUCCAACCGGUUGGUCGAACGUCGAUAACAACCGUACUCUUCCAAAGCUCGCGGAUCGCAUCCCAGAGCCACCCAUUAAGGAGGAUGAAGACCAGGCAAGCCCCGAGAGCUGGAACAGCACCGCUUCCGGCAACGAGGAAAGCAGUAACGAGGAUGAGAGCCCUCAACAAGAGUCUGUACAGACACGCAUGGCGGACGAGUCCAGUGAAGAAGAUUUGCCUCACGGCGCCCGGCAAUUAGCUCAAACUCGUGGGAACCGAGCUCCCGCUCACAAGGUCGCAGGCGGACGAAAGAAAAUGAAGAAUCAUAAACAGUAUGGUAAAAAGGGCAACAAGCGUCGUGACAAGCAAAUGCGGGGUGGGAAGCACGCGCAGCGCUCACCAGUCGUCGAUUCUGAGCCGACGCCCCCGGCAGUUGCUGACGGUGGUCCAUUAAUUCGACUUCAAGAGGGCCUCGUAGUGGAUUGGUCCGAGGAGGGCUGGGAGACGGUGUUUGGCUACACUGGGAAGAAGCAGGAUGCAAGUCAAGGAGCCAAGACGUUUGUCGAUUUGGAAACCAUCAACGACCCCGGCCUCAAGGUCAACCAGAAACGGCGUCAAUCUCGUAGGUCCCGAGGCAUCAGUCUGGAUGAGUGUUUGGACGAAUUUGAAAGAGCCGAGGUUUUGUCGGAGCAAGAUAUGUGGUAUUGCCCGCGAUGCAAAGAACACCGGCGAGCCAGCAAGAAAUUCGAUCUCUGGAAGACACCAGACUACUUGAUUUGCCACCUGAAGCGCUUUAGCAGCUCUGGAUGGCGACGAGACAAAUUGGAUGUUCUGGUCGACUUCCCCAUUGAGGGACUCGACCUUUCCUCAAGAGUCAUUCAAAAGGAAGAUGGAAGGGAAGAGAUGUACGACUUGAUUGGCGUUGAUGACCACUACGGAGGGCUGGGCGGAGGCCACUACACCGCGUACGCGAAGAACUUUGUCGAUGGGCGGUGGUAUAAUUACAAUGAUUCUUCCGUUUCAGCAGUUUCCGACCCUUCGUCGGUGGUCACGAGCGCAGCGUAUCUGCUUUUCUACCGUCGCCGGACCAGCGGCCACCUGGGCGGUCCGCGAUAUGCUCAAAUUUUUGAAAAGUACAACACGGAUACGAGCGCCGACGACGAGGGCGAAUCCGCCGACGACGACAGCCUCGGCCGAGGCUCGCCUUCGAAGGCUGGCGCCACUCACACCACAAUCAAGUCUCUUUCCGAUAGCCAAGACGGGACUCUUCCUCCAUACGAAGAGGCAAUCCGUAGCAUCGAGGACGAAGGCUUGGGUGCUUCAAGCAGCUACCAAGCGGCAGGCCCAAAAUCUCUCGACAUGACACAGAGCUGGAGCUUUAGCGGGCUCGAUAACAGUGGAGCUGAGGGAUCUACAGCCGCCGAGUAUGCCAGCGAUGACGCACAAUUCGACUCAUCUGGCGAUGAGCGGGGCGGCUCCAAGGGAGACUUGUUUGAAGCCGAUGCUCAUAUGACAUCGGCCGAUUCCGCCAAUGGAAUUGCGGACGGCGAAGCGCCAUCCCCUGCGGACGCCCACGAGGACGUCUUGACAGUGCCUACGGGGCCUCCCAGCGGCGACGACGAAGACGAGGUUACCGAAAUCCACCUGGAGGGCGACAACGCCGCCCGGACCGAGUGA